AUGGCGAGGGCCGGCUAUGCACUUCUAUGGGCAACGUCCAUCACCUUCUUUCUCACAAGCUUAAUUUUAGCCAUUCUAACUGGCUUAUUUGCUCAUAAGUACCAUGCAUUGCUCGAUAAGCCGGAAGAGUUUUAUCCCGGACUGUUUUACGCAAUAAAUACAACGUGGGACUCACAUAGAAUCUUUCACGACCCUGUCAACGUUUCUCUCAAAUACAGUGAACCUGACUUGAGUGUUUUGAUUUCUAUUGAGGCCCCGUUUGCAAACAAAGCAGGAGCUCCUAACUCACCAGCAGGAGUUGUGCUAGAUCUCUCAAAUUUCGAAAAUAUCGCGGUGUUCCUAGCCAAUGAUGAAAAGAAGUACAUCGAAGUUGAAUUGGGUCCUUCUAAUCAUUGGCACUGCAGCUUAUAUGAUGGACAACAGAAUAUGUUUGAUUCAGGUGAGCAAUUACAAUUAAGCGUUUGGAACCAAAUAUCCAGUGAUGGGUUGAUAUGGACUAGUCAGGCUAUGCUACCAUUGGCUUUUCUUCCUGCAAACAUUUCAAGCAUUAAUGCGUAUCGUACAUAUUCCAACGGCUCCACAUUGCUCUUCGAAGCGAUGAGUCCAGUGCCACCCGAUAUGUAUGAGAAACCCAAUUUUCAUCUUUUGCAAUACUUUGUACAGUUCAAUACAACAGCUUUAUUUCCAAGUUCAGUUGAUAUACAUCAUCCAUAUAGGGACAUAAGAUAUAAGGAUAUAUGGGCAGACCAUGAUUAA